GUGCACAAUAUAACUGUGAUUUUUAAAUUUCCAAUCAAACAAUAAAUAAUAUUAAUAAAAAUAAAUUUUCAUAAUAAAUAAAUUCAAUCGGUUGCUUUGAAUUUCAUGGUAAAAAUUAUUAUAAGUAAAACAAGUAGUGAUUAAAUAAUAAUAUUAAUAUUGAUAAAUAAAUAAGUGUAAGUGAAGUGAAAUAAAAACAAUUCAUUAAUUGGUUCAUCGUUUCAGUGAUUAACGAAAAAAACAGAUUUUUUAUCAAAAUGGGAUCCUUACAACAACAAUCAACGUUAAAAGGCAAAAAAGUAAACAGUGAAAAUGAAGCUAUUAUUCCUAAAAUAUUUCAAAAGAUUCAAGCUCAAUUCAGUAAACAAACAGCUAUUAUUUAUGAAGAUAAAACCGAAGAAUUCAAAAUAACAUAUGAAGAAUUGGAACGUUUGACAAAUAAGUUAGCAAAAACAUUGAAACGUCUGUGUAAAAUAAAUAACAAUAGAGAUGCAAUAAUUGCUGUUUCAAUGAAACCAACAUACAAUUUACCAAUCACAUUAUUGGCUAUUUUGAAAUCAGGAAUGGCUUAUUUGCCGCUAGACGCUGAAUUUCCUCAGGCACGGGUCACGCAUAUUAUUGAUGAGUCGCAACCAUUGAUGGUUAUUGUCGAUGAUGAUAACAAAUUACUUUACGGUAACACUCCAGUAAUGAGAUACAAUGAACUUUAUGAAGAGUCUGAAAUAGAAUCAGACGUAUCAUUAAUUUAUAAUGAAGAUCCUGAACAAUUGGCAAUAGUAUUAUAUACAUCCGGAAGUACUGGAGUACCUAAAGGUGUUAGAAUACCACAUGCGACAUUGAUAAAUCGUCUUGAAUGGCAAUGGCGUGAAUUACCUUACACUGAUAAAGAACAAAAAACUAUAUUUAAAACGGCGUUAACUUUCGUUGAUAGUGCGCCCGAAAUUUGGGGUUCAUUAUUACAAGGACGUACUAUUGUUGUUGUCCCUAAACAUGUAACAAAAGAUCCGGAAAAAUUUAUUAACGUACUGGAGACUCACAAAAUUCAACGACUAGUCCUUGUACCGUCAUUAUUACAAUCAAUGCUGAUGUAUUUGAGCCUUCAGGACAAUCGUCGUGUAUUGAAGUCAUUAAAAUUGUGGAUUUGCUCUGGGGAAAUAUUGCCACAAACUUUGGCAAAAGAAUUUUUUAAUAGGUUUGCCAAUUAUGGACACACACUGGCUAAUUUUUAUGGUAGCACUGAAGUGAUGGGUGAUGUUACGUAUUUUUUGUUGAAUAACAUAAGUCAAUUGGAAGACAUGGAUAAAGUACCGAUUGGACGACCACUGGACAAUUGCAUCAUUUAUAUUGUGGAUAAAAAUUUAAACUUAGUUGAACAAGGUGAAAUUGGUGAAUUAGUCGUUGCAGGACGUAAUCUAGCUGCCGGUUAUAUUCAAGGAAGAGAUUCGCAUCGAUUUGUUAACAAUCCUCAUGCUGUUGAUCCUGAAUACGCAACGAUUUACCGCACUGGUGAUUAUGCCAAAAUAAUAAAGGGUAUUGUUAUCUAUGAAGGUCGUACUGAUUCUCAAAUAAAAGUUCGAGGGCACAGGGUUGACCUGUCGGAAGUUGAACGAUCGGUAGAGGCAUUAUCAUCAGUCGAUAAAGCAGUGGUUUUGUGUUACAAACCAGGAGAUUUAGCACAGGCAUUAAUUGCAUUCAUUACAUUAAAAAAAGGAACUAAAAUAACUGGCCUACAAUUGGAAAAUUAUUUACAAAAUCAAUUACCUUCAUACAUGAUCCCACAUAUCAUCAUAAUUGAUUCAAUUCCACUUUUGAUAAACGGUAAAACAGAUCGACAGACACUUUUGAAACUAUAUGAGACAUCAAAUUUGCAUAGUAAUGGCCGUGAUACUAUUGAUUGUGACUACACUGAAGUACCUGAUGAGCAAUUAGAUAAAGCAAGGGUUUUGUUUCCUACGGUGGCUUCAGUUAUUGGUAGAAGUGGACGUUAUACCGUCAAUAUUAAUGCCAAUUUUUAUGAUCUGGGUGGUAAUUCACUAAAUUCAAUUUAUACCGUCACACAAUUAAAGAAACAAGGCUAUCAUAUUGCAAUAUCUGAUUUCCUUACUGCUAAAUCCAUGAGAGAUAUUUUGGAUAAAAUAGUUAUGGAUUCCAAUCAUCAGGAAAGUGAUAGUAAUGAUAGUGUGAAAUUCAUCGCUGAACCUAUUAAUGAUUGCCAUCGAUCAACAGUAACACGCAUGGUCACCGAAAGUUUCUAUCUAAAAGCCGAUCUGGAGAGAUGGCUAUCACCCAAUAUCAAACGCCCCGAUUAUGUUGAACUAAUGGAUACCUUAUGGCGCCCAAUUGUCGACAAAGAAUUGAGUUUUGUAAUAAGAUCUUCCGAAAAAGACGGUACUAUAUUGGGAGUUGCAUUAAAUUUUGACGCUUAUGAUGAGCCUGAUUGUGUUAUAACAUCGCAACUAGCAAUCGUAUUUGAAUUUUUGGAGUAUCUCGAAAGACCGAUCAGAGACAAUAAAUUACCAUAUGGUAAAGGUAAAAUUUUUCAUUGCUACAUGAUGGCAACUAAUGAAAAUUUAACACCAGCUGAAAAUGUUAUUAUUAUGCACAAAAUGGAAGAAGAAUGCAUAAAUUUAGCGAGAAGAAAAGGCUUCGCUGGCAUUUUCACCACCAAUACAAGCCCAUUGACUCAACAAUUGGGAACAGAUGUUUACAAUUACGAAGUAUUAUUAGAUUAUCAAGUUAAUCAGUACGUGGCUCCUGACGGCAGCAAACCAUUUGGUGAUGCUCCUGAUGAUCAAAGAGCUGUAUGUUCAUGGAAAACUAUUUAAAGUUAAUAAUUUAUGUAAAUAUUAUGGUAUGUAAAUAUAUAUUAAGACGCAGUUUAAAAGAAUAUAAUGAAAGACAGGAUAAAAUGAGUUUCCAUAAUUAAAAAAAAAAAUAAAUAAAUAAAUAAAUAUUGAAUUAAAUUGAGGGCAUUUUUUUUUUACUACUAUUCGAUUGAUUUCAAUUAUUUAAUAUUUUCGCGGGAUAUCGUAUGACAAAAUUUUAUUUCAGGCUUAAUAUGAAUUUAUAAGAAACUUGUUUUGUCUCCUUCGUUUGUGUUUAAUAUUAAAAACAUAUUUAUAGCUAUCGUUACUUUAGAAUUAUUUUCAUGGUUAGUGUCACUUGGUUAUUAUUAUCACCGCAUCUGUAUGAAAAAUUCAGAUUCCUCUCAUAUAUUGUAGAAUGCCAGGUACUAUUUUUUCUUACAAAAAAAAAAAUUAAUAGUUUAUGCUAUAUGAGAUUAAGGAGCGAACAAUUUGACAAUCAUAUUGUCACGACAUGAGCGUAAGGCUUACGACACAUUGAUAUGAGGACUUGCCCUCAUAUCAGUGUGUCAUAACCUUAAAGCGAAUGGCGUGAUCAGGAUUGUCAUGUUCGCUUAUUAGUCCAUCUGUCGGAUACAUUAUUUUUUGCAAACCCUGCUAUGAAAGUUCAAUUUUCGACAAGUAAAAAAUUAAAAUUUUAUUUUAAAUCAAAUUUUUCAAGGAUAUUAAGUUGUCUAUCGUAUACGAUGCAUAUCACAUGAGCGACAAAAAGUAAUGCGUUGUCGCAACGUGUGGUGGCGUUUCACUCGCUUCAAGUACAAUUACGUCGUUAGUUAUAGAGAGCAAAAUUAAAUAAAGUCACUGGUCGUGACAUCUUAUUGCUACGUUAGUAUAGUAAAGUUAAAACUGUAAACUUAUAGACUAUUUAACGCACAAGUGCGGUUAAGUAAAAUGUAUAGGCAAGGCUGAAUAUAUUUGGCGCUUCUGCCACGACUUACAGCGCUCGGAAAUUGAACUUUCAAAGCAGGUGUUGCAAAAAGAAAAUGCACACUUGUGAGGUUAGUAUAGGAUGUUCUUAGUUGUAAAAUGUACCAUUGAUAGUAACCAUCGUUAUCGAAUAUUUAUUAUGGCGCUUAAACUCAUUAUUACAAGAAAUCGUUUAAUGAAAUUUUAGGUCUUAGUCAUAUAAUUGACUCAUUUUAUCGUAAAGAUUUGGUAGUUAUAAAAUACUUCUCAUUUUACAUAAUAAAACUGAUGACUCAUCCAAUAUACACAUGAAAUUAUUUAUCAUAAUAAAAUUUAUUUAUUAUUUAGUUUUAUUAUUAUUUAGUUGCAGAUUAUUUUAAAUAAUUGCAUUACAAAUUUAUAUGUAAACAAAAAAAAACAAUCAGAAGUAUUACAAUAUUUAAUAUAACAACGAGAUUAUACAAUUUACAAAUAAAAAAAUUUACAAUUAUUGUUAACAAUGGUAAUGGUUUAUGUGAGCGUUAUGAUAUUGUUAACGGGUUUAACUAUAUUAAUAAUAUGUACAAUGUGUCAUGAUUCAUUUAUGAAAAUCGAAAAUGAAAUUUACAGAUGUGUCGUCAGUAAUAUUUACUUGACACGCACAAUGGCAAUGUAUGCUCAUCAAUUAUGUAAAACAAAAUAAAUAAUAUAUAAAUAAAUAAAACAACGGUGCUUACCCUUAGAUUAUUGUUAUUGUAAUCAUUUAUAUUAAAAAUGAAUUCAUAAAAUCACAUGAGACGUACCAAUUUAAUUUCAUUGUAAUUGACAUUGUAAUUUAAUUUUUUUUUUAAUAACACAGCCCUGAAUCAGAUCCCGUGAUUUAGAAAACUUGAAAGUAUCAUUAAGACCUAUUAGGGACGAUGAACAAAAAAGAAACAAUAACUUCCUGAAUUUUUUGAAUAUCAUCGCUUUUCUUAGCGAGAAGUUAAAAAAUUGAUGAGGUUGAUAAUAUUAAACAAUUAACUUAUUUUUUAUGUAUCCUGGCGGAUCCAAAUUACAGUAAU